AUGCAUUAUUUCAUCCGACGCUCCAAAUCUUUAGAUCUUAAUUUAAUUCGAAGAGAAAGCUAUCUGGCUCGCUGGUCGCGUGAAACAACUCCUGUUGACUCGGAAGAAAGAUAUAUUCGCAAUAUUCGACGUUCAUAUACACCAGUACGUGAGGUUGCAGCAUACGAAAUGAUACAGGAUACACGUCGGCCACUGAAUAGUUAUCGAGCACGAACUCCUUUAGAAGUUGUAACUAUUCCUUAUCAUACAAAUAUUUAUUAUUUUGCGGAAACACAACCAUUAAGAAAAUAUGACAUCUUUCAGCUUCGAACAUGGGCUUAUCCUAUAUAUAAGUGA